CUCACACACUUCCAGAGCUCUCACACACCGCCGCCCCGGCAGAACCGCACGUUGGAGGGAAGGUCGAUCGUCGUGCUCUGCGCUCCGGCCGAUCGAGCAGAGGCAAUAUUCCUAGACCUGCCUGAUGUGUGCUUGGCGAUCCCUGAAAUUCAGCAGCACACUUGUGCUAACGACACUCUUACUGUUAUUGUAUGGAUCCGGGACCGCUCAUUGUUCUGUGGUUCAUAAUAGCACGGACCGACGUGCACUGCUCGAUUUUAAAGAGGCCAUCACAGUGGAUCCGACGGGAGCCUUGCGGUCCGGGAAUGACAGCAGCCACCACUGUAUGUGGUCGGGCGUCAACUGCAGCAGAAGGCACACCCAGGGCGCGUUACGGUGUUGGACCUGCAGGAUAUGAGCUUGGCAGGCCAAAUCACUCCCUCUCUUGGAAACCUAACCUCUCUUAGAAAACUUACGCUAGAUUCAAAUCGCUUGUCUGGACAAUUGCCCCCUCUCAACCGUCUUACAAGAUUAGAGGAGCUUUCUCUAGGCACCAACUUGCUGCAGGGGGACAUUCCAGAUGCACUUACAAACUGUAGCAAACUCAAGUCGCUAAACCUCGCUCUUAACAUGCUAGUGGGUUCAAUUCCCGAAAACAUAGGUUUCCUCACCAAUCUAGUAGUUAUGGACCUUUCCGGAAAUAAUUUGUCAGGAAUCAUUCCCCAAACCUUCAGCAACAUAAGUCGUUUAAGAGAAAUGUCACUUGCAGACAACCUGCUCGUGGGAAGCAUUCCUAAAGAGCUUGGGCAAUUGACAGAUAUUUCGAUUGUGUUCCUUGGUGGAAACAGCCUAUCAAGUAGCGUUCCUGCGACACUGUUUAAUCUGUCCUACCUUCAAAUACUAGACUUGGAUACAAAUAUGUUAAGUGGCACACUGCCAUCUGACGUUGGUCAUAUGCUCCCUAACCUCCAAUUUCUUUUCUUGGGUGAAAACAAGCUUGACGGCCACAUCCCAGAUUCAUUAGGCAAUGCUUCAGAGCUGGGCCAGGUAGAUUUGUCAUCUAAUUAUUUUUCCGGCCAGAUUCCUAGUUAUUUGGGUAAACUACAAAAUUUAUACUAUCUAAAUCUUGAUGAAAACAAACUUGAAGCAAGAGACACUCAAAGUUGGGAAUUUUUAAGUGCAUUAAGCAAUUGCCCUCUAAAAGUACUCUCGUUAAAUGGAAAUCAACUACAAGGACUCCUGCUGUAUGGCGGUCGCAUAACAGGAUAGGAGUCUAGGGAGCUUAUCCUUAGUAUUGCCAUUCCGGUUGAGAUUGUUAGCAUGACUUUGCUUUACUUUAUUUUUCGCUCCACUUGCGAGUUGUAAGACAACUUUGUGAUACUUUGCGACUUCUUAAUAAUAUGGCUGCAUGCAUCAUUAUGAUGCAGAGGCCAGGGGUGCGCCUCCAUUUCCAAAAAAAAGGACUCCUGCUGACUUCUAUUGGUAACCUAUCCAUCAAGCUUCAACAACUAAAUUUAGGCCAAAACAACUUGUUCAGGACAGUUCCACCGACAAUAGGGAAAUAUCGUAACCUAUUUAAACUGACACUGAGCUACAAUAAUCUUACAGGCACAAUUGAAAAAUGGGUUGGGACUCUAAAGAACCUACAAGGUUUAUAUCUUGAAGGAAAUACCUUUGUUGGAUCAAUACCAAACUCCCUUGGCAAUCUGAACAAGUUAACAUCCCUCUAUCUUUCCAAAAAUCAGUUUGAUGGUCUUAUGCCAGCCAACCUAGGAAAUUUGUCACAACUCACACAGUUGGAUCUUAGUUACAACAAUAUCCAAGGCAACAUACCUCUACAGAUUUCUAGGCUUAAACAACUCAUGGAACUACACCUUUCAUCGAACAAGCGUACUGGGGAAAUACCUAGUAAUUUGGAUCAAUGUGACAAUUUGAUAACUAUCCAGAUCGACCAGAACAUGCUAAUAGGGGAAAUCCCAACAUCUUUUGGCAAUCUAAUAGCCUUGAACGUGCUUAAUCUUUCUCAGAAUAACUUGUCGGGCACCGUCCCAGCAACUCUAAGUGACUUACAACUCCUCAGUAAGUUGGAUCUUUCUCACAAUCAUCUGCAUGGGGAAAUUCCGAGAAAUGGAGUUUACAUAAAUGCCACUUGCAUUUAUCUUGAAGGCAAUUGGGGACUGUGUGGAGGGGUGGCAGAUCUCCAAAUGCCGUUAUGUUCUGCUAUUUCUCAGAGAUCAGAGACAGAGUACUAUUUGGUCAGAAUAUUGGUUCCAAUACUUGGCUUCACUUCACUCAUAAUGCUGGCUUACAUUAUAAUCCUUGGGAAGAAUACAUCACGUAGAACAUAUGUAUCGUUUCUCUCAUUUGGUAAGAAAUUCCCAAGAGUUUCUUACAGUGAUCUAAAUCGAGCAACGGGGAACUUCUCAAAGGCAAACAUAAUUGGAAAAGGAAGCUAUGGUACAGUAUACAGAGGAAAGUUAACUCAAGCUAAGAUACAAGUAGCCAUCAAUGUUUUUAACCUUGAUAUGAAAUGCGCAGACAAAAGUUUUGUAACAGAAUGUGAGGUUUUAAGAAGCAUCCGACAUCGAAUCCUUGUACCUAUCCUAACUGCAUGUUCAACGAUAGACAACAAUGGUGACGCUUUCAAAGCUCUAGUCUAUGAAUUCAUGCCUAACGGGAAUUUGGACACAUGGCUGCACAACCGAUUUUUGGGUAGUUCAGCAAAACAGCUGAGCUUAGCUCAAAGAGCAAGCGUAGCUGUUGGGAUAGCCGAUGCAUUGGCUUAUUUACACCAUCAUUACCAGAAUUUGAUACGUUGCCGACGGCCCAUGACCGUCGGCAUAGGGCCAAAAGCCGUCAGCAAAGGGUUACGCCGACGACCCCCGUCAGCAUAGCCCCGUCGGCAACUCGUUUUCCACCUGACGGACGUUGACGGCGCCGCCAUGAAAGGUUUGCCAAUAACACACUGACACGUGGCAGCUUUUGGGCGACCGUGGCCUGGAAGCUGCCACGUGUCGGCGGUUGGGCCGUCGGCAUAGCCCCAAAAGCUGUGCCGACGGCCUAACCGUCGGCGUAGCUCCACGCCAGGCUUCCCAGACGCUGCCACGUGUCGAUCGCUGGUAACACGCUAGGAGCUAUGCCGACGGUUUAACCGUCGGCUUAGCUAUGCACUAUUUUUUUUUCUGUUUUUGUUGCA